CCUCCGCGGCCGCACCUGCCGCCGCCGCCUCCCGCCCACCCGCUUCCAGUCCAGCGUCCGCCCUCGGCGCGUCACUGCCAGCAGCCCCUCCUCUGCCUUUGGAGGUGGGGCCCUGCACUAGACACCUGCCUGCGGCGCCCUGCCGCGUGCCUCAGUUUACCCCCCCAAUGCCAGCUGCCACGGAAUGCCCCUUCUUCCUGGGCUGAGUGUGCUCCCGGUGAGGCGAAGGCGGGAAGUGCCGAGGGAGCGGCCUGAGUCCCUGGGAAGAGAGAACUGCCCCCGCUGCCACCUUCCGUCUUCUCAGCCACCCGCCGUUGACAUGGCAACUGACGGCCGCCAGGGGGCGCGGCGACACUGAAGGCGGAGAGCGAGGAACGCUCAGGCCUAAACCCUGGAUCUUGUGUUGUCAGGGAGGCAGGGUUGAAGACCAAGGUCCUCCUUCGUGGAGCUGUGCCAGAACUUGUCUGUCUUGGGUUGGUCAUCGCAAAAAUAGUUAACAUUGUUCCAUCACUCCCGUGUGCUUUAGAAAUGCUGGGCAUAACCGGGCGGUGGUGGCGCAAGCCUUUAAUCCCAGCACUCAGGAGGCAGAGGCAGGCGGAUUUCUGUGAGUUAGAGGCCAGCCUGGUCUACAAGAGCUAGUUCCAGGACAGGCUCUAAAGCUACAGAGAAAUCCUGUCUCGAAAAAACAAAAAGAGAGAGAGAAAGAAAUGCUGGUGUUCCGGUUGACUCCUGAACCAAUCCUGUGACCAAGGUUCACUAACCCAUUACCGGAGGUUGUCUGCUCAAGCCAGCACAGUGGCAAGGCUCGCUUUAGCUACGAAGAGGUUCUUAUUCAGGCCGGUAUCCACUGAUCACCCUAGGACCCACCCAGUCCGACCCUCCUCCACCACCAUCUUCUUGUUCUCAGGAGACUCCAGUGCAAGCCUGGAAAACAGUGUUUUCUCCCUUCCUCCCAAAGAUGGACCCCAGCCGGGCGGUGGUGAUGCACGCCUUUAAUCCCAGCACUCGGGAGGCAGAGGCAGGCGGAUCUCUGUGAGUUCGAGGCCAGCCUGGUCUACAAGAGCUAGUUCCAGGACAGGAACCAAAAGCUACGGAGAAACCCUGUCUCGAAAAAUCCAAAAAAAAAAAAAAAAAAAAAAAAAACCAAAGAUGGACCCCGAGUCCCGCUUCACCCAGCCUGGCUUCUCCACCUUCCCCACUCCAGCAUGCUCCAGAUCAUUCUGAAGUCUGUUAUGUCUCCUUCUACAGUCUCGAAAUUUUGAGUGUGACACUCAGGAUCCUUCCAGCUUUUACCUCCGGCUGUGGCCCUGGAAGCUGCUUUCUGUUCACCGGUUUCCCAAGCCCUCCUGCCUUCAGAGCUGUGGUUCCCCAUAGCACCCCACUCCCCAGGACUGGCUGCAGGAAGCCUUUUGGUUUGCUUCCACCUCUUGUUUUGUUUGAUUGACACAGGGUCAUGCUAUACAGUCCUAGCUGGUCUGGUGCUCACUGAGGAGUCUGUGCUGACCCUUACACUCUAGGCAACCCCCUUGCUUCAGUCUCCAGGCAUCACUAUGACCAGCAUUGCUUUCCAGUUUUAUCCGGCACUGGCUGGACUUGAAGCUUCUCGGAAGGAGGAAUGGUUUUGAAGACCCUGGUGUCCCAGGAAGUUCUUCAAGUUCAAAGGCCUUGGGAGUCUUUCCAAUCUCCCUCGGUCCUUUUCUCUGAGACGGUCUUCAGCCUCCGUUAGUAUCCGCUCUUAUCUGGAGCCUGACACCUUUGAAGCCACACAGGAUGACAUGGUGACAGUCCCCAAGAGUCCUCCUGCUUAUGCUCGUUCCAGUGACAUGUACAGCCACAUGGGUACCAUGCCUCGCUCUAACAUCAAGAAGGCUCACAAGCAACAGGCUGCCCAGAAGGCCCAAGAGGUCAGCCUUGAGUCCCACCUGGUAUCUCGAGGGCUGCCAGACCCACCCGGUUUAGAGGCAGCCAAAGAAGCAGUGGAGGAAAUGGAUGCCCCACUGGAGGACACCCCAGGAGUGGGACCCACACCUUUAGUAGCAGAGGUGGACCCUAUGAGGAAGCCUAAAGAUCCCACAGUAGACACAAAGGAGGAACAAAUUCCUGGGGAUGAGCACUCAGAAAGGGCUGCUGGAGAACUGGAGGCCGCUGGCGACUAUGUGAAGUUCUCCAAGGAGAAGUACAUUCUUGACUCCUCACCGGAGAAGCUGCACAAGGAGUUAGAAGAAGAACUGAAGCUCAACAGCACAGACCUCCGCAGCCAUGCCUGGUACCACGGACGCAUUCCUCGGGAGGUCUCUGAGACCCUGGUGCAGCGCAACGGCGACUUCCUCAUCCGGGACUCACUCACCAGCCUGGGGGACUAUGUGCUCACAUGCCGCUGGCACAACCAGGCCUUGCACUUCAAAAUUAACAAGGUGGUGGUGAAGGCGGGUGAGAGCUACACCCACAUCCAGUACCUCUUUGAGCAGGAGAGCUUCGACCAUGUGCCAGCCCUCGUGCGCUACCACGUGGGCAGCCGUAAGGCUGUGUCCGAGCAGAGCGGGGCUAUCAUCUACUGCCCUGUCAACCGCACCUUCCCACUGCGCUACCUCGAGGCCAGCUAUGGCCUGAGCCAGGCCAGCAGCAAGGCUGCCAGCCCCGUCAGCCCCUCAGGCUCCAAGGGCAGCCACAUGAAGAGACGAAGCGUUACCAUGACCGACGGGCUCACCACUGACAAGGUCACCCGCAGCAAUGGCUGCCCCAACAGCACCUCACUGCCCCAUCCUCGGGACGCCAUCAGGAACUGUGCCCUCAGCAUGGACCAGAUCCCAGAACUUCACUCACCCCUGUCUCCUAUCUCCGAGAGCCCCAGCUCCCCUGCCUAUAGCACUGUGACCCGUGUCCACGCUGCCCCCAACACCCCAUCUACCACAGCCCAGCCUGCCUCGCCAGGAGCCCGCCGCUCCAGUGAACCUCAGUUAUCUCAUGGAAGUGCUCCAAAGCCUCCUGGGGAGUCAGAAAAGGGUCCCCACGGAAGCCCGUCUCACACCCUCUGUAAAGCCCCACCGUCCCCAUCCCUCAACAGCUACAGUGACCCGGACUCUGGCCAUUACUGUCAGCUCCAGCCUCCUGUCCGUGGCAGCCGAGAGUGGGCCGCGGGAGAGGCCCCCCGGAAGACUCGGAGCUCUGGGGAGAGGCAAAAGGAACUGUCGGAAAAUGGGGUCCCUGACGGGGAGUGGGGCAAGACCUUCACAGUCCCUGUAGUGGAAGCCACCUCGUCUUUCAACCUGGCUACCUUCCAGUCACAGCUGAUCCCCAAGGAGAACCGGCCUCUGGAGGCGAGCCUUCUGCGCAAGGUCAAGGAGCUGCUGUCCGGGGUGGAUGCCCGGACGCUGGCCCGGCACGUCACCAAGGUUGACUGCCUGGUUGCUAGGAUACUGGGUGUUACCAAGGAGAUGCAGACCCUAAUGGGAGUCCGCUGGGGCAUGGAGCUGCUCACCCUCCCCCAUGGCCGGCAGCUAAGACUAGACCUGCUGGAAAGAUUCCAUACAAUGUCCAUCAUGCUGGCGGUGGACAUCCUGGGCUGCACGGGCUCUGCAGAGGAGCGGGCAGCGCUGCUGCAUAAGACCAUCCAGCUGGCGGCCGAGCUGCGGGGGACGAUGGGCAACAUGUUCAGCUUCGCUGCGGUCAUGGGCGCCCUGGAGAUGGCCCAGAUCUCGCGGCUGGAACAGACGUGGGUGACCCUGCGGCAGCGGCACACGGAGGGUGCCAUUCUGUAUGAGAAGAAGCUCAAGCCUUUCCUCAAAAGUCUCAAUGAGGGCAAAGAAAGCCCGCCCCUGAGCAACACCACCUUCCCACACGUACUGCCGUUCAUUACGCUGCUGGAGUGUGACUCGGCCCCCGCCGAGGGCCCUGAACCCUGGGGCAGCACAGAACACGGCGUGGAGGUUGUGCUAGCCCACUUGGAGGCCGCCCGCACUGUGGCACAGCACGGGGGUCUCUAUCACACCAAUGCCGAGGUCAAGCUGCAGGGGUUCCAGGCCCGGCCGGAGCUGCUGGAAGUGUUCAGCACGGAGUUCCAGAUGCGUCUCCUCUGGGGCAGCCAGGGCGCCAGCAGCAGCCAGGCCCGGCGCUAUGAGAAGUUUGAAAAAGUUCUCACUGCCUUGUCCCACAAGCUGGAACCUGCCAUCCGCUCUAGCGAGCUGUGACCCCGGAGAACUUGCCUCUCUGCAGCUGCGGGCAGCAUUGGGGGCAGAGGGGUUCAGGACUUUCCCCAGACACCACAGGAACACUGUGAUCGGCCCAAGAAUGUUCUGGGUUCAGCUCCAGGAUCCCCCUUGCACUUCUAGGGUUCUGAAUGGACUCGGGAUUCCAUCCUUCCAUCAGACACACACAGAGUCUCCCUUCCAGAAGGACAGGAACCUCUGUCCCUCCCACCGGCUUCCGCUGUUUCCCAUCUCUGCCGAGGUGCCCUGUUUUUGAGCCAGGGGAGGCUCCCCGUCCCUCUGCCUUCCUCCGGCUCUCCAUCUUGCUGUAAAUAAGUCCGACCUGUAAAUAUAUGUACAGAAGCCGCGCCUUCUCUUUCAUACAAUAAACUUGAAUGGCCUUCUUC